AUGAAUUCUUGCUUCAUCGUCUUCCUCCUCUCUCUCGUCUUCUCCUUGUUCAUAGAAGAUUUCAACACUGAAGCUGCACCCGAAUAUCUAUAUCAUGUUUGCCCGAACACCUCCCUCUUCGCUCCCGACUCCACCUACAGAUCCACACUCCACGCCCUCAUCUCUUCCCUCUCCACCGCCGCCACCCACAGCAUCUACGGCUUCGCCACUGCCACCGCCGGCCGAAACCCUCCCGACCAGGCCCACGGUCUCUUCCUCUGCCGCGGCGACCUCGACAGCACCACGUGCAGCCGCUGCGUGGCCACCGCAAAACGGGGUAUCCUGGAGAGAUGCCCACACCACCGAGUCUCCGCAAUUUGGUACGACCAGUGCAUGUUGCGGUACUCGAACCAGUCCAUCUUCUCGGCCAUGGAGCGAUUGCCGAACAGGGUUCUGUACAGCAUCCAGAACGUCACCGACCCGACCCGGUUCAUGCAGCUUCUCCGAGAAACCCUGAACCACAUUGCCGCGAGGGCUUCAGCUGGCGGAUCCGGGAAGAAGGUCGCGGCUGCAGAGGCGAACUUCACGAGGUCGCAGAAGCUGUACGCACUCGUGCAGUGCACGCCGGAUUUGACGGCGUCAGACUGUGUCAAGUGCCUCCAGUUCGGGAUCGCUAAUCUGCCUCAGGGGAAGCAAGGCGGGAGGCUGCUCGCUCCGAGCUGCAACUUGAGAUACGAGCUCCGCCCCUUUUAUUAUGCCUCAGCCCUGCCGUCGCCGGCGCCUCCGCCUCCCGCUCCGGCGACCGGACCAGAAGCCCAAAGCAAUAAAUCUACCGUGAUAAUCAUUGUUGUCGCUGCCCUUUCUGUCGGCCCCGCGUUUGUCUUCCUCGGUUGGUGUUUCGGGCGGAAGAAUGAGACCGAGACAGAUGCUGUUCAAGGUCAAGGAGAUCAAACAGGUACAGCUGCCGUCUAUGUGCUGGAUGUACCGUUCUAUGCUUUUGCUGGAAUGAUCAUCUCGUGUUGUUUCGUCACAGGCCGAACUGAAAUUACACCCUCCGAGCCCGUUCAGUACACUUUAGCCACCAUACGAGCCGCCACAGGAGAUUUCUCUAAUGAAAACAAGUUGGGUAGUGGCGGAUUCGGCGACGUUUACAAGGGUACGCUCUCCAAUGGACAACUAAUAGCCGUGAAGAGACUAUCUCAAAGCUCGAAACAAGGAACCGAAGACUUUGAGAAUGAAGUCGAUUCGCUAGCGAAGGUUCAGCAUCGAAACGUCGUGCAGCUGCUUGGGUACUGUUCGGAGGGUGAAGAAAGACUUAUUGUCUAUGAGUUUGUGCUGAAUGGAAGUCUCGACAAGAUUUUAUUUGAUCCUGUAAGGAGCAGGGAAUUGAAUUGGACGACACGUUUCCAAAUAGCUUGUGGGAUUGUUCGAGGAAUGUGCUAUCUACAUGAGGAAUCUCAUCCUCGGAUCAUCCAUCGUGAUCUAAAACCAGGCAAUAUCUUGUUGGACAGUGAAAUGAAACCAAAGAUUUCAGAUUUCGGCUUGGCAAGGAUUCUCGGAGCCAAUCAAUCAAGGGUAAACACCAGUAAACCUGCGGGCACUAUUGGUUACAUAGCACCUGAGAAUGCAACGGACUGGGAAAUCUCCGUGAAGUCCGAUGUCUAUAGUUUCGGGGUCCUACUUCUCGAGCUCAUUAGCGGUAAGAAGAAUACUUCUUUCUACCGACCAGACGAGGGCGAAGAUAUCGCCAUCCAUGCCUGGGAAAUUUUGAGUGACGAUACGCUGUCGGCAAUGUUAGAUCCCGCCAUCGGAGAAACGGAUUCAGAGGCCCAAGCCCAAGUUGUCAGAUGCCUCACUAUUGGUUUGCUGUGUGCUCAAAAAGAUCCAAAUCGGAGACCCACAAUGGAGGCCGUGUUCCAGGGUUUGAGCCCCCCCCUUACUCUUAAACUGCCCCCACAGGCGGCCUUGGUCUUCGGCAGGACCGAGAGACCCAUGGAAGAGCUGGAAACGGACAAAUCCACCGGUAGUUCUAUGUGGUCGGCGACCGAUGAAAUGUUCGAUCCCCAGAGUUUAGCCCCAGCGAAAGGCCAUGAUGUGCCAUGA